CAUUGACUGCCUUAGUAGCGUAAACUUCUAUUCAAACGUCUUUUUAUCUUCUAUAAUAUUAAUGCCGUCUUCAGAAUCAAGACAAUUCUAAUCGUAAUAAUUGAUAAAUUUCGAAGACAACUGAUAAUUACUGUAAUAAUAUUAUUUCAAACAGAAGAAAAUUUCUUCAGAUCCUAACAAGGAUUGAGUAUAACACUUAAAACAUCUUGUGAAAAUGGAAGCAGAAAAAUCAUCAUCACUGCUGUUAAUCAAAGAAGAGAACGAGAAUCUGGAGGAGGAUCUUACUGAAAACACAGGGGAAGGCUUUUCAUUUGCAGACCCCUUCUUAGAAGUCAAGGCAGAACCAGAAUUUUUUGACGGUGGGGAAUUUGAUGUGAACUGUUCCUUCCAAGCUAUUAUGUGUGAGGAGGACAGCUCUCCAAGCUGUGAUGAUGAAAGUGGAAAGAAGAUCUGUAUUGCUGAGGAAAAUAGACAUUUGGGUAGAAACAACACAGCACGGAAACGAAUAAAUUGUCCUGAAUGCCAAAGGACAUUUUUAAAUAUGUGCCAUUUGAAAUCCCACAUAAGAACUCAUACUGGAGAGAAACCAUAUACUUGCUCUAUAUGUCAAAGAAGUUUUUCUCGGUCAAGUACUCUCAAAAUACACAUGAGAAGUCAUACAAGAGAGAAACCCUAUACUUGCUCUAGAUGUCCAAAUAGUUUUUCUCAAUUAAGUAGUCUCACAAGGCACAUGAGAACUCAUACAGGAGAGAAACCAUAUAUUUGCUCUAUAUGUCAAAGAAGUUUUUCUCAUCAAAGUCAUCUCAGAGAACACAUGAGAACUCAUACAGGAGAGAAACCAUAUACUUGCUGUACAUGUCAAAGAAGUUUUUCUCAGUCAAGUACUCUCAAAAGACAUAUGAGAAGUCAUACAAGAGAGAAACCCUAUACUUGCUCUAGAUGUCCAAAUAGUUUUUCUCAAUUAGGUAAUCUCACAAGGCACAUGAGAACUCAUACAGGAGAGAAACCAUAUAUUUGCUCUCUAUGUCAAAGAAGUUUUUCUCAUCAAAAUCAUCUCAGAGUACACAUGAGAACUCAUACAGGAGAGAAACCAUAUACUUGCUGUAUAUGUCAAAGAAGCUUUUCUCUUCAAGGUAAUCUCAAAGUGCACGUGAGAACUCAUACUGAAAAAAAACCACGUACUUGCUCUAUAUGUCAAAGAAGUUUUUAUAAAUCGGGUAAUCUCACAAGACACAUGAGAACUCAUACUGAAGAGAAACUAUUUACUUGCUCUAUAUGCCAAAGAAGUUUUCAUAAAUCGGGUAAUCUCACAAGACACAUGAGAACUCAUACUGAAGAGAAACCAUAUACAUGCUCUGUAUCUCAAAGUUGUUUUUCUUUUCCGGGUAUUCUCAAAAGACACACAAGAAUUCACACUAGACAGAACCUGUUUACUUGAUCUCUGUCCAAUGAGCUUUUAUUAUGUACUUUAAUUUAAUUAUCUUGACUCCUGAAUCUAUCUGUGUCCUUAAAUCUUGCAACUCAAUUUUCGACCUGUUCCCUUCGUCUGAUGGACUUGAAAUCUCGCCUGGUCACUCAAUCCUGGUGACAAUACAAUCUUACAGGAUCAGGGCAGCAAUGACCUCUAGUGACCCUUUAGUGACUUCUCACAGCAAAUCCCCAGGAUUUGUCAGAAACUCUUCUUUGGAUUUUUCAUAGCUUCUUUGACUCUGUAGAGUCUGUCUCCUAAAUAACUCUUCCCCUUUCUUCCUCUUCAUCCUUCCCUCCCCUUCUCUACAAGAAAUACAUUUUUCUAUUUCUAAUAGCAUUUCGUUCCAUGUUUGAGGCCUACGCUUUUAUUUCUAUAGAUAUGAUUAUAAUAGUAAGAGAAAAUUCUGAUAUGUUUAAAAAAAUAUAUGUAUUUCUUUUUACUUUUUAGUGCAUUUUAAUAAAGGCAUGUUUUAAUUUAUUUCUGAGACUGUCAAAGGACACAAUGGAAACAUUGUAGAGAGAGGAAGUUCUCCAGUACUAAUAUCAAAUAUGUUGGACAAUUUCAAGUGCUUUGAGAUGAAUCAUGCAAACUCAUAAUAUUUUAGAGGGCAAUUAAAUGCACCGAAUGCCAUAAAGGUUUUCAAUAUUCCUCUGCUCUCAAAAUCCUUUUGAGGACCCAUACUGGAGAGAAGCCAUUCAUGUCUCCUGCAUGGCAAAGGAGAUGUUUUGAAUCAAGGUGUCUCAAAAUACAUGUGAAUACUCAUGCUAUAAAGAAGUCAUGGCUGAAUCUGCACUGGGUUCCCAAGAAGUCUUCUUUAUUAGGUCCAUAUUAGAAUGAAUGUGUUAACUGAGAAGAAAGACGACACUCUUCCACAAGUUGUUAAAACGAUUUUCCUCUUGUAGAUUCAUAAGAUAUGUCAGCACCCAUGGAGGAUAAAUAUUGUUUUUUUACACUGCAUGUUGUAUUUUUGUCUUGUAUUCUGCAAAUCAUAGUCAUUGGUUCUUAAUGUCAGACUGUUUUUCAGGUGUCAAAAUGCACCAGCGAAGUCACUCAUCAGAGACGAUCUUCAGUUGCACUGAAAGAUUUGUUAAUGUUUUGCACCCCAAAGUAAGUUGCACUUGAUGUGGAGAUAAUUCUUGUAAACUUGUCUGCAAAAUCUAUAGAAAAAAAUGCAACAGCAACCUAAGGGACAAUAAAAGGAAAAACCAUAUUUAUAUUUUAAUGAUCCAAUUCAUGACCAUCAUCAUUGCUGUUAAUCAAAAAGGAGAAGGAGAAUCUGGAGGAGGGUCUCACUGAGAACACAGGGGACGCCUCUUCAUUUGCAUGCUAGGUUAAGAAAUUUUCUUGUAUCCUCUUCACUUUUCUGGUUCCUGUGUGCUCUUUGUAUGAUUUCCAAAUGAAGAAUUAGUUCUGUCUUUGGCUGACAUGAAUGGAAAUAGAAAGAUUAAUUUCUUCAUUACACAUCAACGAAAAUUAGGUGCAGUUUUAUUUUAUUAUUUUUAAAUGACCUUGGUUUUAAUCUUUUACAAAGAAUAUGAUACAGCAUUAGUAAGUAAAUCCUAAUACUUUGUAUUAGCUCAUUAAACACAGUGGGCUGUGUAGUAUUUUGUUUUAGGUUAACCAGUCAAAAGUAUUAUUAAGACUGGACUUGUUUUGUAAAUGAGUGAAGUAACGUAUUAUU